AUGAAAACAGUGACCAUGUUGCGGAGAAGAAGUGAGUUUUUUGUUUUUCUGGACAGUGCUCUUUCUGUGAUUACACAAAAAGAGGAACAGAAAGAAGAGCCACCGCUGAGCCCUAGUGAUGAGUAUCUACAGGUGCUACUGCAGAUGAAAACGACCAGUGCUGAUCAGUUUGACAACUUGGAAAAGCAUACACAGUGGGGGAUCGAGUUUGUGGAAAAGUACACCAAAUUUGUCAAGGAGAGAUCAGAAAUUGAAACCAACUAUGCAAAACAGAUUAGGAAUCUAUCAAAGAAAUAUCAGCCCAAGAAGAACUCCAAAGAAGAAGAAGAGAGCAAGUACACCUUCUGUCGAGCCUUCCUAACAACACUGAAUGAGUUAAAUGAUUACGCAGGUCAACACGAAGUUAUUUCUGAGAACCUGACAUCUCUUAUCAUCACCGAACUUACGCGCUACCUACAAGAACUCAAGGCUGAGAGAAAAUCGCACUUCCAUGAUGGGCGUAAGGCACAGCAGCACAUUGAAAGCUCGUGGAAACAGCUGGAAGCAAGUAAAAAACGGUUUGAGAGGGAGUGUAAAGAGGCAGAAAGAGCACAGCAGUACUUUGAGAAGAUGGAUGCUGACAUUAACGUGACUAAGGCUGACGUGGAAAAGCGAAGUUUCCAUAAGGCACGACAGCAAGCUCAGAUGAGGCACCAGAUGGCUAGUGACAGUAAGAGCGAAUACGCCGCCUACCUGGAGAAGUUCAACAAGGAACAGAAUGAACAUUACUAUACAAUUAUUCCCAACAUAUUCCAGAAACUUCAAGACAUGGAGGAGAAAAGAAUUGAGAGGAUAUCAGUGUGCAUGAAGACAUUUGCAGACGUGGAUCGCCAGGUGCUGCCCAUUGUGGGAAAAUGUUUAGAUGGCAUGACAAAUGCUGCCGAGUCCAUUGAGCCCAAGGCUGACUCUAAGCAGGUCGUGGAGUCCUUCAAGUCCGGUUUCGAGCCCCCGGGAGAUGUAGAGUUUGAGGACUAUGGCCAGGCCAUGAAGAGGACAGUAUCUGAAACCAGCCUGUCCAACACCAAAGAGGGAAAAGAGAAGCCUGGUGUCAAGGCCAAAAGCAAACUGUGGCCUUUCAUUAAGAACAAGAACAAGCUUAUGUCCCUGUUAACGUCCCCCCACCAGCCCCCACCUGCCCCCCCAGCCUCAUCCCCACCCUCACCCUCUGCUGUUCCCAACGACCCCCAGUCUCCCAAGCAGCACAAGGAGCCCCUCUCCCACCGCCUCAACGACUUCAUGGCCUCCAAACCCAAAAUGCACUGCCUCCGGAGCCUGAGGCGAGGGCUUUCUCUCAAGCUGAUCACACUCAAUUCCCACGUCCGGAAUCUCAUUGAGGGUUCUGUACCGGAGGACUUCAGUCACCUGCCACCAGAGCAGAGGAGGAAGAAGCUGCAGGGCAAGAUCGAUGAGCUGAGUAAAGACAUACAAAAAGAAAUGGACCAGAGAGAUGCUUUGACUAAGAUGAAAGACGUGUAUAUAAAGAACCCUCAGAUGGGAGACCCGACCAGUGUGGACCCCCGGCUAACAGAAAUAGGUCAAAACAUUGAGAAGCUCCAGUCUGAAGUACAGAAAUUUGAGGGCUGGUUAGCGGAGGUGGAGGAGAGGAUGCCGUCUAAGAGUGAUUCACACCGGAAAAGCGGACUCUAUGAGACCCAGAAUAGCACAACAGUGAGCAACAACUGUGCACAGGACAGAGAGAGGCCCCUGAGCAGCCCGGAUGGCAGCUACACAGAGGAGCAGAAUUCAGAGGUUCAGGUCAAAGCCCAACCCAUCCCCACCGCAACCACCACGACGGAGUUCGAUGAUGAGUUUGAUGAUGAGGAGGUCCUGCCUACCAUCGGCACCUGCAAAGCCUUGUAUCCCUUCGAAGGUCAUAACGAGGGCACCAUCUCCGUGGCUGAGGGUGAGCUGUUGUACGUCAUAGAAGAAGACAAAGGAGAUGGCUGGACACGCGUGCGGAGGAACGAGGAUGAGGAGGGAUACGUGCCCACAUCCUACGUUGAAGUGUUUUUGGAAACGAAUGCCAAAGAUUCCUAAAAGUGUGAGGCUGGCUGAGGAAUGGCAGGGCAAGCAGCCUCGGAGAAACCACCACGUUCCUCACAUGCUCACAGAGUCAGAGAGAAAGAUGACCUGAGUCUAAAAGAAAGAGAGAGACGGCCGAUUAGAACGCAUCUGAAUUUUCCAAACAAACAAAAAGAAAAAGUUUAGACAGAACGCAUCAAAAAUUUAGUGCUCAUAACUUCUCCAUUUUUAACCCCCAUUCAGCAGUCACAGCCGCAGUACACAAACGGCUUUAUGUUGUUUUCAGCAACGCUUUGCUUUUUAAUGUAACUAACUGCUCGCACCAUGUGCGGUCAUGACUGAGGCUGCUGGCUUCCCUGGCUCUGCCACUUCUCUUUUUUCCUUCCCUUUGCCCUGUGACACACAAACACACACACAUACAUGGAGGAGGGUGUGGUCAGAGACAGGACGGAGACCGACAGGAGCGGACGGACAGACGAACCAGGUGGAUGAAACGCUCACUCGCUCACUGACUCGAGACAGAAUCAUCCCAGGUUCAUCUGACGCCAUAAGAUGCUCAUAUUCACGCCUUCCACUUAAAUCAGCUCUAUAUUUGCAGGUUUCACUUAACUGGAAUCAGAAGAACUGAAGGUGCUAAUCAUCUGUCUUUGUGUCCUGUGCUUCUCAUGUACGUUCGUUUGAGCUCAGUGGUCGUUGGUCUUUUGUGUCACAGUUUCCACUUUCCUCCUCACCAAGAUCACUUCCACAUAUCCAGGACCAGCUGAAGGGGCAGAACUCUAGAUGAUGGUGUCAUCCACCAUCCAUACCAUCCAGCCAUUUCUUGUUCUGUCACUGGUGCCUGUUCCUCUCUCUGACCACACCCCACCCCCUUCCUUACCUUCACAGCCCUUCCCCCCUCCCUCAGGCUAUGGCGGCUCAGGCUAGCUCCCUUGGCUGCUUUAAGCCUUUUUUUGUUGUGUUUUUCUUUUGCAACAGCUCGGGGGGCGGGGGUCCCUCAGCAUUGUGGUGUGCUGCAUGCUUGCCCUGUCUUCCUCCUCGCCCCUGUGCUGGCGGGUUGGAGGAGGCGGUGGGGGUGUUAAGCCUGCUUACGCCCCUUCCCUCCAGCCUUUAAGUUCAGUUAACCCUCAUUGCCUAGUCAUACUGUUUGAAUUAACCUGAAUGCUACUGUUUGGGUUUGGUGCCUGUGGGUCUUUUUGUUUUUUUGUUUUUUUUAAAAUUACGUACAUGUUUUUUCAGUCAUCUGUUCAGAAAGCAUGUUUCCCUGUUUUUAACAGAAAGUAAGUGAUCUCAAAUUUGUGUAGUUUAAUCACAAAAAAGGACGAUAGGAACCCGAACUGUCAUUUUGUUUUUUGUUUUUUUCUUUUCUUCUUUCCUGAAUGAUCUCAUGCAUAGAUAGGUCAAGGUUGUUUUGUUUUUUGUAAGUACAGUACGUAUGAAAAGUGUUAGUUUGCUAUAUUUUGAUCAGAGCGUCUAAUGCAAGUUGUUAGUUUAAAGUUAAUCACCUUGUGGAAGUGGCUCCACUUGGUCCAAGCAGCACCCAAAAAUGAAACCUAUGAAGAUAUGAGUUACACCCGAUGUUUGUAACAAGCUCCACCUACUGUCUACUGUAUAUGAAAAUAUACUGUGAUCGUUUUCCUGUGAGUUUUUGACUGAAAUGUGACAACACGCCGAUCAUCACCCGUUUUGGGCCUUAACCAGGUUUCACUGAGAGGAGGAACGAUGCUGACGUUCGCUGUGGUAUGGUGAGGAGACGAAGAUGUGAUUAUCUCGAGGGGGCAAAUUUCUAAUCAUGAAACUGUCAGGGUAGAGAAAUGAUGUCCACUGAUUCCCCCUGCUCAAUGGCACAUAAUGCACGUGAUUUUUAACAUUUUUGUUUUAUAUAUGACGAGUGAAGAUUCUCUUUUUCUUCCUUUUUUUCUCUCUCUUCUUUUUUUAAAGCUGGAAUGAUAUGUUGUUGCUUAUUGUACCUGAAUGGGACUAAAAUCCCUUAACUGCAAACAUGAGUAACCGUUACAUUGUUUUUAUGUUUUGGAUGAAGCCAUCGUAUAUUUGUCUAAUGCAGAAUUUUAUGAACACUCCCCGUGUGGAGGAAUGAUGGACGUACUGAUCAUUUGGACUGCCGAUGUAAGGAAUGAUCAAAUCCCUGCUGAAUCAAAUACCACGUUUGCUUUCGCCCCUCUCAUCGCUUCACACAUCACGGUGAUCAAACAAUGUCUGGCAAGUGAUAUGAUUAAAUCCGAUGAGGCAGCAGUAGCUUUAGGGCAGGCUUUUGCCUGCCAGUGCUCUGACACGAGACCACCACAAACCUUUUCUGUCGAUGCCCCAGAAUAACCCGCGUGUACAGUGGAAAUGGCGUGAUGGAAUUAGAGAAAAUAUAUAUGAGUAUAUAAAUAAAGUUUAAAAAGGAAAACAUCUAUUUUAACUAUGGAGAGUCUUACCAUUACUUUAUCUGCUUUGCAAAGUAAGACUUCUUUUCCUUUGUAAGGUCUACCAGAUGGUGUGUUUUUGCACUUUUUCGUUUGUGUUCCAUUCGGUAGGCCAUGCUUGUGUUUUGGAGCACUGAAUACUUUGUAUUGUGUUUACUGUGCCAAUUAAAUAUGCCUGGAGAGUAAACUGUG